UAAAAAUCUUGAGUGCUGAGAGACAGGUUAGGACUGCUUCAGAGCUUCUUGGCAAACGCUCAGCCUGCUUACCUGGGGCCAGGAUGGAAGAAGCAAGUGGAGUGCUGAGGAAGGGCUUCCUCGUUAAACGGGGUCACAUUGUCCAUAACUGGAAGGUAAGGUGGUUUGUUCUGCUGCAGGACAAGCUGCUAUAUUAUAAAAUUGAAGGAGGCAGGAAGGAACCAUCUCCAAAGGGCAGGAUCCUCUUGGACGGUUGCACUAUCACUUGCCCGUGCCUGGAGUAUGAGAACAGACCGCUGGUAAUUAAGCUGAAGACAAAAACCAACACAGAAUAUUUCCUAGAAUCUUGCUCCAGGGAAGAACGGGACUCUUGGGCUUUGGACAUUACAGGAGCCAUUCAUGCUGGGCACCCAGUGCAGGUUCAACAUCUUCACAGAAUGAAGAACUCCUUCAAACUACCCUCAAACAUCAGUCUUAACCACAUUGUGGACAAAAUGCAUGACAACAGUUGUGGAAUUAAAAUGACCCCCAAUGUGGAACAAGGCAACACAUACAAGGAGACCUUCACAGGUUCUGCAGUGGUGGACUGGCUGAUCUCCAACAAUUUUUCUGCCUCUCGACUUGAGGCAGUCACACUUGCUUCCAUGCUGAUGGAAGAAAACUUCAUCAGGCCUAUUGGAGCCCGAAGCACUGAAGCCAUGCGCAGUGGCAAUCUAGCUGAACAGUUCCUAGAUGACUCCACAGCACUGUACCUGUUUGCUGAAAGCUAUAAGAAAAAGACCAAUUCUAAGGAAGACAUGCACCUCAGCAUCCUGGAAUUAAGUGGAACAAUUGUAAAACAAGGAUAUUUAGUAAAACAGGGGCACAAAAGGAAAAACUGGAAGGUCAGGCGCUUUGUUCUGAGGGCUGAGCCUGCUUUCCUGCACUACUAUGACCCCACCAAGGAAGAAAACAGGCCAGUUGGUGGAUUUUCUCUCCGCAGCUGCCUUGUCUCAGCCCUGGAGGACAAUGGAGUCCCAACGGGAGUGAAAGGGAAUGUGCAAGGCAACCUCUUCAAAAUAAUCACCAAGAAUGACAUUCAUUACUACAUCAAAGCCAGCUCCAAAGCAGAGCGAACACAGUGGAUUGAGGCCAUCAAGCGACUGACAUGAACCAAGUGGACUCUCCAUACUAUAUGGAGAACGGGUGAAUGAGUUGCAUUCAACAGUAAAUUUGCUGCUGUCUUCACCUGGGAGCAUUAUUCAAUCUUGGAUGGUUUCUUAUUAUUUAUUAUUUGUAUGACUAUAACAUCUUGGAGACCCAGGCUUGAAGCAGGUGCUGGGUACUGUACAGACAGAACAAGAUUGUCCUUGCCCGACAGAGCUUACAAUCUAAGUUAAGGGAAAGAAAUGACAGAUGGAUAUGAACAGAUAUGAGUGUAUGAAGAGACAAUAUUAUGAGAUGAAAGAAUGAAUCCUGUCAUCUGAAUAGUCACCCUGUAUCUGGCAGAUCUAUAUUGUGCUCCACCUCAAAGCAGAAAAGCCUUAUUGGUUCUCCUUUGCUAUGAGACUUGUAAAUUGCAGUAGUUGGUGCUUACUGCGCUGAAUGACAAAAGCAAGGCCUGUGGGUUGACCAGAGCCAACACAAGCUCUGGGCUCCAAGGCCACCUCCCUUAAGAUAACAUUAAGUAGUCUUAUUCUGAGUGCACUUUGAUCAACACACUGGAAUAAACUAAAGGUUCAGUUAUCAAUCUGUACCAGUAUUCAGUUUCUUACUAGGCUGGAAAAGAUCCAACGUUCCUUUAAUCCAGGGGUGGGCACAAUAUGGCCCGUGGGCUAGAUCUGGCCCACCAAGGGAUUCUAUCUGGCCCAUGGUGGGUCCCUCAGCCCCACCCAACUUGGGCAUGGUGGGCAGCCUCAGCCAUUGUGCAUGCAGCUGGUCCCACCGCCUCCAGGCGCACAGUGGGGCGGGGACAAGGGUGGCACAGUGCCCAGACUUGGCUUCCUGGCAAUCCCCAUGGUGGUGGCUCACUUUGCCCAGCUUCCACUGCCAAUAUCUCUGCUGCCGCUGGAUGCAGCCCCACUGCCUGAGCGCCUCAGGCCCAUCCCCCCCACACCCACUGAUGGGGUCACUGGACAGAGCAGUCAGGCAGGCAGGAAGGGUCUCCAUGGAGACUGGCCCGGGACCCCCACAAACAGGGCGUGCUUGCCCAGGUGGAUGGGAUGGGAUGGGAUAGGAUGGGAUGGGGCAGUGAGUGUGCAGGGAGUGGCAUCCGGGAUGGGCAGGCAGGGCCAGGAUCAAGAGGUGGU